AUGACGCAUAUUCCACAGUCCAGUACUCUUGCAUUUUCUGGAAGCUGUGGCGGAGACCAUAUAUUUGUUCUUCCAAAUCCUUCGCUCAAACCACUGGAUGGUUUUCGUGUGGUCCAUGAAGUGCAUUAUAAGCUGUUCCUAGAGUUGAAGAGAAGCUGCGAAGAUUCCAUUGUCGACCACUAUGUGGCGAGAUACCGUACUACGUACUAUCCGCCUGAAUGGAAUAACAUAACUAUUCCGAAAAAUUCUUCAUACAUUGUGCUCGAUACAGAUACAUCAACAGAAAUCAUAAUCCAACUUAUAGCCGUAGACAGUCAUCCUAAGCGUCACCGCUAUUCCAGAGAAAUGUUUCAUCAAACCUUUGAUCACAAAAGAGAUUAUGUUUAUGUUGGCUUUCUAUACUUUACAAGAAUUUGGUCAACUCAGAUGGAAAUAAAUUACACCAUACCGAGAUUUUUAGUUGGACGUGAACUUUCCUUUAAGAUUUCUGUCCGAAAGAUGGGCGAUAAAACAAAUUUGUCUAGAAAUGUUACAUUUGUCUCGACAAAAAGAAAGUUUCCAAUCACUGUGAAAGAUCUCGACAAAUUCGAGCCACAUAAUAACUCAAAUUGCCAUGGUAAGCACGAAGACUUGUGUUCUUCGUUUUCUUCACUAUAUUCUCGACCUCUCAUGGUUCAAUUACCUAAGUUCGAGGAUACCAAGAAAACAGCUCAUCUUGGGCUUGCUGGUUUACCAUCUACGCUGAAGAAAGUGGUCGGAGGGGUAAUUGAAGUGUGA